ACGAACCUCCGACUAAGUCUCCGAUCGCCGACCGGCCGGCGUAUUAGUCUCCUUUCUCCGAUCAAUUCAAGGUAUUUGUGAACUUUGAGAAGGGGCAGAAUGAGUCAGGUAUUCGAAGGAUAUGAAAGACAGUACUGUGAGCUUUCAGCUAAUUUAACGAAGAAAUGCAACUCAGCUACUAUCCUCGAUGGAGAACAGAAGAAACAGAAAGUGUCUGAAAUAAAAGCUGGUCUAGAUGAUGCUGAAGCGUUGAUUCGCAAAAUGGACCUAGAAGCUCGGAGUUUACCUCCAAAUGUUAAAGCCACACUUCUUGCCAAGUUGAGAGAAUAUAAGAGUGAUCUGAACAACUUAAAAACUGAAGUGAAAAGAAUCACAUCAGGAAAUGCAAACCAAGCUGCAAGGGAUGAAUUGUUGGAAUCGGGAAUGGCAGAUGCUAACAUGGUGUCUGCUGAUCAAAGGCAAAGGUUGAUGAUGUCAACAGAUAGAUUGAACCGUUCAAGCGACAGGAUCAGGGAUAGUCGAAAGACAAUGCUAGAAACCGAAGAUCUGGGGGUCUCAAUUCUUCAAGAUUUGCAUCAACAACGUCAGUCUCUUCUGCAUGCACAUGACACGCUCCAUGGAGUGGAUGAUAAUAUUAGCAGGAGCAAGAAGAUUCUGACUACAAUGUCAAGAAGGAUGAGCAGGAAUAAAUGGAUCAUUGGCACUAUCAUUGUUGUCUUGGUCCUGGCUAUCCUAUUAGUUCUUUACUUCAAGCUCGCCCAUUAGCUCAACGAAUGGUUUUCAGGAUUUCUGCCGCUUCUCAUUUGUUACAGCAAAACAUUUAUCUUUGGACACACUGCUUCUGAUUUCACAGUUAGUUGCCUCAUUUGCGGUUUGUGUGGUGUGGUUUGGUAGUGUGCUUCUUAUACUGGCAAUUUUCAUAAUAUUAAUUCCCAUGUUUGUCGGUUACUAUGUUUGAAUUUGGUGAUCCUUGUCUGAAAUGAGUAAAAUGUAUUUAAUGUUAUGCACCAA